AUGCUCAGCCAGCAGGCAAAAGAGGCGAGGAAACAAGAGACAUGCCCCAGCCAGCAGGCAAAAGAGGCGAGGAAACAAGAGACAUGCCCCAGCCAGCAGGCAAAAGAGGCGAGGAAACAAGAGACAUGCCCCAGCCAGCAGGCAAAAGAGGCGAGGAAACAAGAGACAUGCCCCAGCCAGCGGACAAAAGAGGCGAGGAAACAAAAGAGCGCCUGCUCCAGUACCCGGAUUCAUGCUGAACCUGUUAACAGUAACCGGAUUCAUACUGAACCUGUUAACAGUAACCGGAUUCAUACUGAACCUGUUAACAGUAACCGGAUUCAUACUGAACCUGUUAACAGUAACCGGAUUCAUACUGAACCUGUUAACAGUAACCGGAUUCAUACUGAACCUGUUAACAGUAACCGGAUUCAUACUGAACCUGUUAACAGUAACCGGAUUCAUACUGAACCUGUUAACAGUAACCGGAUUCAUACUGAACCUGUUUACAGUACCCGGAUUCAUACUGAACCUGUUUACAGUACCCGGAUUCAUACUGAACCUGUUUACAGUACCCGGAUUCAUACUGAACCUGUUUACAGUACCCGGAUUCAUACUGAACCUGUUUACAGUACCCGGAUUCAUACUGAACCUGUUAACAGUAACCGGAUUCAUACUGAACCUGUUAACAGUAACCGGAUUCAUACUGAACCUGCUAACAGUAACCGGAUUCAUACUGAACCUGUUUACAGUACCCGGAUUCAUACUGAACCUGUUAACAGUAACCGGAUUCAUACUGAACCUGUUUACAGUACCCGGAUUCAUGCUGAACCUGUUAACAGUAACCGGAUUCAUACUGAACCUGUUUACAGUAACCGGAUUCAUACUGAACCUGUUAACAGUAACCGGAUUCAUACUGAACCUGUUAACAGUAACCGGAUUCAUACUGAACCUGUUAACAGUAACCGGAUUCAUACUGAACCUGUUAACAGUAACCGGAUUCAUACUGAACCUGUUAACAGUAACCGGAUUCAUACUGAACCUGUUAACAGUAACCGGAUUCAUACUGAACCUGUUAACAGUAACCGGAUUCAUACUGAACCUGUUAACAGUAACCGGAUUCAUACUGAACCUGUUAACAGUAACCGGAUUCAUACUGAACCUGUUAACAGUAACCGGAUUCAUACUGAACCUGUUAACAGUAACCGGAUUCAUACUGAACCUGUUAACAGUACCCGGAUUCAUACUGAACCUGUUUACAGUACCCGGAUUCAUACUGAACCUGUUUACAGUACCCGGAUUCAUACUGAACCUGUUAACAGUACCCGGAUUCAUACUGAACCUGUUUACAGUACCCGGAUUCAUACUGAACCUGUUAACAGUACCCGGAUUCAUACUGAACCUGUUAACAGUAACCGGAUUCAUACUGAACCUGUUAACAGUAACCGGAUUCAUACUGAACCUGUUAACAGUAACCGGAUUCAUACUGAACUUGUUAACAGUAUUUCAUUCACUUGGGCCCUGGGAGGCUCUAACGUUUUGUAUAUAUUACCUGGUCUCACUAAAGGUAACUUAUGUACUACGCUCGGGGCUAAAAUAUAG